UUUGAUAGUAGCUGCGGAUACUUCAUAAAGUAAUAUACAUAGUUAGAGUAAGUAAUGUAUGCUGCGGUCUUGGUGACGCAGUAAUUGUCAUGUAGUACAAAACAGAGAAAACUCAAUAGCGAUGCACAAUGGUGCAUGGAAAACAGUAAAAGCCUUACGUUAAAAAAGUUUGUUGAAAGACACAAUUUGCUUGAACGACAGUACGCCCAAACUAGAUACAAGAAUAUAAUCAAAAAACAUUUGGAAGAAAAAAAUAAAUUGCUAAGCGAUCUUGAAUCUUGGAAAAAGACUGAAGACUACUAGCUCUUCUGGCUAAGUAGAAAGCGUAGAAAAACUGAGCUGGCUGCCCAGAAUGGGGCAGUUGAAUACAUUUACCAAGCUGUAUCAGAAGAGGUGACCACCGUGUACGGAGACAGUAGUUCAGUCACCAGUUUCGAGGAGAAUUCAGAUACACUUGAAGAUGAGGAAAAUAUGCAUUGCUUGCAGAAUAAUAUGGAUGUAACCAGACUUUUCGAUGAGUAUAAAAACAAAGCGAGAGAUAUGUCCACCAAGGAUUUAUUGAAAUUAGAAACAAAUAUCCACAAACUGCUGGCACUCACAAAUAUCUUAUUAUUAAGUCCAAAACAAAGCAGCGCAUUACUAUUGGAUGUCUUUUCUGAACAGUCUAUCAACACAAUAUACGAAACACUUUUUAACAGAAUUAAAGCCAACACUAAGGAUUUGGACGAUAGUGUGUGUAUGAAAAUUGCCAGAAUUGUGAAUUCAGUUGAGAGUAGAAAGUUGAAAAAAUGUGACGGAGAGUUAGAUUUACUUACAAUGGCAAGAAAUAUGAACUAUUAUGAAGCUAGAGUUGUUCGAUGUAUUAAUAACGCGUAAGUCAUACCAUUGCAUGCAUUAAAGGAUGUAAUCAAAAUUGGAGAGACGGAGCUUUUUAGCAUUUAUUUUGAUCCUAUUCUCUCUGAGCUUAUUGCAGACACUGAGAGGCAUACCAUUUUAAGAUGGUCCAACAAAAAGCAGGAGGAGAACAACGACUUCCGACCUGGUGCCACCAUAACUGUUUUGAGUACAAAGAUAAGGAAAGAGAAAAAGAAAAGAC